AUGACGCACAAGCCCCGGGCUCAAUGGGGCAACAAGUACCAAUUCAUACUGACUUCGAUCUCAUACGCUGUUGGGUUAGGUAACAUUUGGCGAUUCCCUGCAUUAGUCUACGAACAAAAAGGAGGUAAGACCAUUAAUACACUCAGUUUUUAAAAGUUGUAAAAUACGAGUCAUUAAGUACAUUCUUAAUUUUUUUUACCUCCGGAGGCCUUUCACCCCUUUCUGUAACAACAACUAAUAUUCGAAAAAAGUAAGUAAUCAAUACUAAAUUCCAGGAGCAUUUCUAAUACCGUAUUUUAUAUGUUCAUUUAUUGUUGGAUUCCCUUUAUUGUAUAUGGAAUUAAGCUUGGGUCAAUUCGCCAAAGCCGGUCCAGCGGUUUGUUACGGACGUAUACGUCCUAUUUUACAAGGUAAGUGGUAUUGCAAUAAUUAACUUAUGGUUUACUAUUUAUUUGAGUUUGUGGUUUAUUAUUCAUUUGAGUUUAGUUUUGUAUAUUUUUACUAAUUUUCUUAUAUUCAAAUUAUUUUUACAGGCCUAGGAUGGGCUAUGAUAACAUUGUCAUUACUGGUCAGCGUGUACUACAAUAUGAUUGUUGCGUGGUCGCUUAUCUACAUUUACAUGAUUUUAACUGGACAAUCGUGGAGGUGGUCAAGUUGUGAGAAUGAUUUCAACACCAUAUGUAAGUAAAUAACGGCGCUUAUUCAACAUGUUUAAAAAAAUUCGUAUACAUCCAAACAAAAAGGCUAACCUCAUUUUAGUCUGUUCGUCUGGCCUAGAAGACGCUCGCUGUUCCGAACUUUUAUCCAGAACUUUAAACCACACAGUAAAAGCAUUUUUCUUUAAUCGUACGUGUUAUGAAUCCUCUAAUGUUCACAUGCGGGCAAUUCAAAGUGAACUUCAUGCCACGCUUGGUGCAGUUAGUCCAGCCGAAGAAUUCUUUGAAAACUUUAUUUUGGAACGAAAUCCAACUUUAGACAGUUUGGGCGGUCUAAACUGGAAGCUAGUUGGUGCCUACUUUGCAGCUUGGACUAUAACAACAUUGUCAUUGUCGCAAGGGGUAAAGUUGAUUGGUAAAUUGGCGUAUUUUACAUCAACAAUCCCAUAUAUCAUUAUUGUAAUCUUAUUUAUACGGAGCGUUACAUUGGAAGGAGCUAUGAUUGGAAUGGAUUUCUAUCUGUUUAGCCCGGAUUUGACAACAUUGUAUGAUUUGAGUGUAUGUUUAUGGAAUUAUUGUUUUAAAAUAGUGUAAUCUAUUAGUUCUGUAUAAUGUCAUUUCAUAUAUUUUGCGUAAUACUUUAUGAUCCGUAAUGUUUUAACAUAGCUAAUAUUUUUAGACAUGGAGAGCAGCUGCAACUCAUGUUUCUUACAGUUUAUCAGUUGGUUUUGGUGGAAUAUUGUCCUUAGCAAGUUACAAUGUAAAAACACAUAACUGCUACAGAGACGCCUUUUUAGUAACAGUUGCUGACGCCAUCAUGUCAUUAUUUGGUGGUACAGCAGUAUUUAGUGUUCUUGGUUUUAUGUCACAUCAGCUGGAGCUACCCAUUUCUGAAGUAACUUUUGUCAUUUUAUGGGUUGUAUUUGAUAUUGUUUUAGUUUUCAAAUCUUAAAUAGUUAUUAUUUUAAUAUUUUUUGUAUUUAUUUUUGAUUUUUUUUAUUAUAUUAUAAAAAACUGACUGGUAAAUAUUAUUAUAGGUAGUCCAAUCAGGAACAGGUCUAGCAUUUGUAGCCUACCCAGAAGCUUUGGCCAGAAUGCCAUUGAGUACCGUAUGGUCUUUAUUGUUCUUUGUUAUGAUUUGGAUCCUGGGUGUUAGUACACAAUUUGGAUAUGGAGAGGUUAUUGUUACUGCUUUAGGAGAUCAAUUCCCUUUUAUUGCUAAACAUAAGUUCCCCACAGCUAUUGUUUGUUGUUUUACCUUGUUUUGUUGCGGAUUAAUCAUGUGUACUAGAGUAAGUUUUCAAAUCUUUUUUUUUGUUAUUAGGUUUUGUAUAUUAGCAAUUAUUACUUAUUGUUUAUAAUAUAUAUUUUGUCAUUGCUAGUUUAAAUAAUAUUAUUAUUGGUUUCGAAGACUAAAAUAUUGUUUUUGUCAAAAUUCGUUCUUUCAAUAAGAAAAUUAACAAGUUAUUGAGAAGUAUUUUAUUGUUUUUAGAGUGGAAUAUACUUUUUCAACAUCUUUAAUGACUACAGUUCAUCGUUUUCUUUGGAAAUUGUAUUGCUGUUAGAAGCUGUUCUUCUAUGUCAUAUAUAUGGUAAGUUAUUUGUUUCAAACAAUGAACUGUAUAUUACAUAUUACCGCAAAUCAUCAUGUAAAAGAAUACUUUAUGAACAAUCAGACAUAAUCAUAACUCUGCAUUUUAAAUUACCAUCGUUUUAAAGAUUUGUUACCUGUUUUAACCUAACAAUAUCUUUGUUUAAUAUUAUGUUUUAAUGUCGCUUGGUUCUGAAACAAUAUCCUUGUUUCAGGUUACACAAACUACAAGCUGGACAUUGAAGAGAUGUUCGGCAAAGCAAAAACCAAGUUAGCUAAAAUAUUUGGUCCUUCUGGAAUCUGGAUAAGUAUUGUUUGGAAGUAUAUUGCACCAACUGUGGCUGUGGUAAGAUAUUUCUUUGUUUUAACAGCAAAUUAUGUUUUUUAUGUUAUUCAACCCUUAGAAGUACUAAAAUUCGAUAAAAUAGUACCAUGAGACGUCAGAUUCAAAUGACACACCCACUGAAACAUUAAAAUUCGCGAUACCGGUGUCUAAAACAAUAUAAAGAGCAAAACUAAAAAAUUAAAAUAGCAAAAUAUGUAUGAAAAUAAUAAAAACAGAAAAUUACAGUAAUUUUAUACUGUAAUUCUUUAUAAAACGGUGAAAAACGACGAGGUAAAACAUGAAAAAUGUUUAUUUCCCCUAUUGGGCCCAAAAAGCUGCUCGAAAAUAAAAAGAAACAAAAACAUCUGGCCGCAGCGUGCGCACGUCGUUUCGCAGGCUGCAGCGCAUUUAUACGAUAAAACUGCUUUACAUACCUAAAUAUACGCCUUUUUAAUAAAAUUUAUAUUUAAUUAAAAUAUAUUUUAAUUUUUAAAAAUAAUAAUUUUAUGAAAUUCCAGAUAAUAUUCGCCUUCUCGCUAUUAACUCAAAUUGAAAAUGAUCUCACGUAUGGUAAAGGAGCUCGGCUAUAUCGUCUGCCUCGUUGGUGUAUUGGCUUUGGAUGGUGUAUAUCAAUAUUACCUUUGAUUUUCUUACCUAUUUUUGCGUUUUAUAAUUUCAACAAGUUUAAAAAACGCAAUAUGCCUUUGGCGGAAUUGUUUAAGGUUCAGCCGAAAUGGCCGUCAGCUAACCGACAUCGAUUUGAAGGCGUUGAGCGGACUAAAUUUUAA